AUGGGCCAUGGGAAAAAACUCCAAUCCGCAUCAUCAAGUAUCCAUCUUUCACUUGAUAUCUGGACAUCGCCAAAUCGGAUUCUCUUUCUCGGAAUCUGUGCUCACUUUGUUGAACAAAGUCAAGAAAGGCUUUGCAAGGGUCUCCUUGCUCUUCGGACUGUAGGAAACCAUAGUGGAGAUGAGCAGUUCGCCACUCUUCUUCCAGUUCUGAAAGACUACGGUAUCCAGCAAAAGCUUUGUCGCGUACUAGGAAAGUAUCUUCAGGAAGAAGGAAUUAAAUGGGAUCCUACAUAUCGUCGCAUCUUCUGUAUUGGCCAUGUUAUCAACUUGGCUGUGCAAGCAUUUCUAUUUCAAAAUAUACUGGAAAUAGAACAAUUAAGUUCAUGGGAUGAAAUAGAAGUCACGGAAGCCACGGAAGACGAGGAGCUGCAAAGACAGGUCACUAUUUAUAAAAUAGGGCCACUAGGGAAACUCCAUAAUAUAGUGACGCACAUUCGUUGUUCAGCUGGCCGAACCAAAGAGUUUAAAGAUCUUGCAGGGAGGUUGAUUCCACUUGAUAACCGUACCAGGUGGAAUAGCUGGUAUCAUAUACUCUAUGUGGUGCUUCAGUUUGAUGGUGCUAUUGAUACUUAUACGAAAAGGCACUUUGCCAUACUUGAGAUAGAGUAUCUGUCCCCAUUAGAUUGGGAGAGGCUCCAUAGAACUAGCAAGUUCCUGAGUCUCUUUAAUCACGCAACUCUUAAAACCCAAGAAGAUCAAGCUACAAUUGACAAUGUGCUUUUUGUGAUGGAUAUCAUCAUUAAGCAUUUCGAGAAAGCUCUUGAGGAGUAUCGGCAAAAGGCUCCUACUUAUAUGGUUGUACAAUCGUAUGAGCGGAAUACUCAAGAUCUUGAUGAUUUUGAUCAGAUUGCACAUGAUCUAGGGAAGUUUGCUCGGCCAGCAAGUCAAGAUGAAUAUGAAGAUUACAACUCUGAGUCUCCAUAUGAGAUCCGCACGAGUGCUUUGACAUGGUGGUGUCAGGAUUAA